AUGUCAAGAAAAAAAUUUAUUUAUCUUGUGAACUUAUUUUUAAUAUUAACUAUUAAUCUAAUAUCUGGUUAUUACAAUUUUGGAAGUAAUCAAAAUUCUAAAAAUAGUUAUAUUAAUGUAAAUUAUUAUCCAGAAUGUAAAAAAAAUUUUACUUAUACUAAUAGACAAAAAAAUAAAUGUGAUAUAUCCGAUUUGUAUAGAUAUUUAGAAGAUAGUGAUAGACCAGAAUCUAAUCGUUUUAUCUCAGGGCUUAAUAACAUGUAUUUCAACUUUAUGAAUAGAUCGGAAUUUAUCAAACCAAUUAGAAACAUAUUAGAUAGUUAUAAAGUUUAUAAUAAGCAUGAAUUUAUUUACCAAUUUGGAAUAGAAAGAUAUUAUUUUGACUUUGAUGACUAUAAUUAUAGAUCAAUUAUAAGAAGAGAAGUAAAUGGUUUGCCAGAUUCAGAAGUUUUUAUAGAUUUAAAUAAUUAUAAUAAAAAUGGAGAAUUUUAUAUUGAAGAUUUUGAAAUAAGCCAUUCAUUAAAAAUUAUGGCAUAUAAAAUUAAUUUAGAUACUGGAUUUUGGAAAAUAAAAUUUAAAUAUAUGAAUGGAAAAGAUUUAAAAGAUGAAUUGUCUAUUAAUUCAAAAACAGAUCAUGCUUUUGUUUUAAAUGACGCAGGUUUUAUUUAUUCUAAUUACCCAACAAAACUUGCUUCAAAUGGAGAAAAAGAAGUAAAUUUCAGUAGUCAAAUAUUAUUUUAUCAUAAAUUUGGAACAAGUCAAUCUGUUGAUAAACAAAUAUUUCUAAGUUUUUAG